AUGGGUUCUUGGACUUCCCAGGCCCCCGUACCUGUGGUCGCAGAUCCUUUUCUCCAACAAACGACCUAUACAGAUCUUUUGACUUUCACUUUUUGUGGCCCAACUCCAUAUAAUCAGAACCAACCACUCUUCAUCGACGCUGAGGAUCCCUCACGCUCAUUCACAGCCGCCCAAUUUCGCCAGCUAGUUCGGACGUUGAUUGCCGGCUUCAAGGCAUAUGGCGUGCAGCCGGGUGACUGCGUGCUGCUGCACUUGGGGAACAGCAUCCUCUACCCUGCCCUAUUUUUCGGUAUUAUCGGUGCCGGUGGUGUAUACAUGGGAUCAAAUCCCCGCAGCCAACCGCAAGAACUGGACCAUAUCAUAAGUCUGGCUGAGCCCAAGCUUAUCCUCACCACGGCAGAUGCCCUGCCCAUGGUCGUCAGUGCUGCUGUUGAGCGAGGAAUACACCCAAGCCGCGUGUGUUUGGUGGAUGAUCGAGCAGUCGAUCACUGUGCGCGGCUGUUUUUGCAAUUCGAGCUGGGAUUUCAGAUACGAGACUCGAUUGCUGUUGGGAAUGCGCCACACUCGAACCUGGCCCAUCUCCUGGGUUUUGGUGAAAGUGGUUGGAUAAUGUUCAAUGACCCGGUGGUUGCGCAGAAUACCCCCGCCGCCAUGUUCUCGACUAGUGGCACCGGUGGUCUUCCCAAAGCGGCUAUCCUGUCACAUCAUGCGAUCGUGUCUCAUCAUCGCUCUAUACAAUAUGAGGUGCCUUAUUUGGCAAGUCGGCUCAUGUCACUGCCUAUGUUCCAUCUAUUUGGUGCGUUGUGGACUCAUCUGUUUCCCGUCCGAUAUGGCCACCCACUCUUUGUCUUGCCACGCUUUGAGCCAAAGCAGUUCCUCAAGACCAUUCAUCAAUACCAGAUCUCGGAGACUUACCUGGUACCGGCCAUCGUUCACUCCUUGAAUCGUUGCUCACACCCCGUCGCGGAGUAUCUGCAGUCGCUACGCUAUGUUGGCGUCGCGGGAGCCCCUAUAGAUGCGGCUUCGAUGCUUGAAUUCCGCAAUCAUCUUCAUCCCAUGGCCUUCGCUUGUCAACUUUGGGGAAUGACAGAGGUUGGAGUAACCUUCCAAACUCGCUACGGUCAGUAUGGUGAUCCAGGUAGUAUCGGCACUCGGCUCUCGGGAUACGAGGUGCGACUGGUUGACGACGAUGGCUCCCUCGUGCAAAAUGAUGAGCAGAAGGGUGAACUACAACUCCGGGGUCCCGGGUUACUUCUGGCUUACAAAGGCCGAACUGAUGCGAAGGAUCCCCAGGGCUGGUUCCAUACUGGAGAUAUUGCCUAUAAAAAGAAUGGUUUCUAUACUAUCGUUGGCCGAAGUAAGGAACUCAUCAAAGUUCGAGGAUGGCAAGUCGCCCCCGCUGAGAUUGAAGCGGUUCUUCUGCAACACCCUGGGAUCAGCGAUGCCGCUGUGACAGGUAUACACUUGAAAGAUCGCAGCAGUGAAGUACCUCGUGCUUUUAUUGUGCGAUCACGAGACCCAUCUGUCAGUCGACUGUCAGCUGAGGAGAUCUACAACUUUACAAGGCAGCGUCUAGCAAGCUAUAAAGCGCUGGACGGUGGUGUCAUUUUCGUCGAGGAGAUCCCACGCACGCCUAGCGGCAAGAUCCAGCGCUUCAAACUGUCCCAGAUGAACGUCUAUCGUAACAUGAUUGCAUCCCUCCUAUCACGUUUGCCAAGCGGUGGUGGCUCCACGUCUGUGUUACGCCCGCUACCCUCUAGUGCCGAUAUGCCACAAGUUGGCAUUGUUCCCGAGGGACCCGUAGCUGUCUAG